AUGGCUGCAAUGGGGAAGUAUGUUUGGGCAAUUGCCGCCAAAAAAGAUAAUUUGUUUGUGAAAUGGAUUAAUAAUGUUUACUUGAUGGACAGAAACUGGUGGGAUUACCAGGCGCCUCUGGAUUGCAGUUGGUAUUGGAAGAGGUUAGUUGCUGUCAAAGAUGCUUUCAAAGCUAAGGUUGAUCUGUCUAAAUUUGCAGCUUUGAGGUAUAGCAUUAAAGCUGGUCAUGACCUUUUGUUUGAGCAAUCUCUUGCUGUUAGCUGGAGCAAAAUUGUUUGGGAUAGGUUGAGCAUUCGGAAGCAUAGGUUUGUGUUGUGGCUAGUUAUGUUGCAGAGGAUGCGUACUAAAGAUCAGCUGCAUAAGUUUCAGCCUCUAUUGGAUCAAUCUUGUCUGCUUUGUGGUGAUGAUAUUGAGAGCAUUGAUCAUCUAUUUUUUCACUGUCAUUAUAGUAGGUUCUGUUUGCAGAGGCUUAAGCAGGGGUUGGGUUGGAAUUCGGCCUCUUUAAACCUGGUGCAUUUAAUUCGUUGGAUUCAUAAAGCUAAGAGGAUGAGUGUUACUCGGAAGAGCUUCUUGUAUGCUGCGCUUGCAGCUCUUGUUUAUCACCUUUGGAGAGUUCGAAAUGAUGUGUUCUGGAACAACAAGUUAUGGCUUGUAGAUAAUACUGUACAAAGAGUAAUUAGGGAGCUUCAGGUUAGGAUCACUCUUGUAAUGCCUAAAAUGGCUAAGUCCAUAGAUAGAGAUUGGGUUUCUAAGCUCAGUACAAAUUAG